AUGUACGUCCUCCAACGAUUACUCUACGGAUUCCCCGAGCCGGCUCCCCGCAAACGCACCAAGCCAAUCGAGGUGCUUUGCUUGGGCUUGCCGCGCACCGGAACCGAGUCAUUAAGCGUGGCCUUGCGCAAUCUGGGCCUGCAAACAUAUCAUGGCUGGGACUUGCUCUUCGAGCCAGAUGGCAGCAAGCUGCAACUCUGUGCUGAGCUAGUGCGGCGGAAAUAUAAUGGUGCUCGUGAUGGCGACGUGCACAUUACUAGCGCGGAGUUCGACAUUCUCGUUGGCGAUAGUCAAGCAGUAGUUGACUUGUGUAUUUUAUUUGCUCUCGAGCUGCUCGCCGCCUAUUUAGACGCUAAAGUGGUUCUCAACGUGCGUCCCGAUGCCGAUGCCUGGUACCGGAGCAUCAGUAAAACCAUCGUUGAGGAGAUCGAUCAAUCGUGGGUUAUAUGGGGGAUGCAGUGUCUUUAUUUAAGAGAUGGAUAUCCAGGCAUCUUUCACAGCAGCACUACCACAGAGGGUAUCCAGCGAAACGCAAAGUGGGUUUAUCGCGACCACUGCAAAAUGGUUCGGGGUAUGGUUCCUAGGGAUAAUUUGCUCGAGUGGUCCGUCGAGGAUGGCUGGGAGCCGCUUUGCAAGUUUCUCGACAAGCCUGUCCCCAACGAGCCCUUCCCCCAAACCAAUAAUCCAAGCGAUUACGCCGAGCACGCAAAUAAACUCCUCAAAAAGCGCUCCUUUCAAUGUCUGCGCAGCUUAACUCUCACCGUCGUGACUUUAGGCGGGAUUACCACUGCCGCCGUGAUAUGGUGGCAAGGGCGGAUUCCGAAGGUUAUGAGGCUCAGCGACCUCCUUAGGCAAUUCUUUAGAAUGACAUAA